AUGGCUGAGAACAUGGAGGGUCCAGAGAGAGACGAGGAGAUGAGCAGAAGGUUCCUGCAGAAGAUCCGGAGCUUCAGACCGAAGGAGGUUUUUACCUGGCGCCUGGCCCGGACCCUGGCCAUGGGUCAGGGCCUGGCGGGUCUCAUCUGUGGGACCGCUGUCUCGUCUCAGUACCUGGCCAGCACCUUCCAGGUGAACACGCCCAUGCUGCAGAGCUUCCUGAAUUACCUGCUGCUGUGUGUGACCUACAGCAGCCUGCUGCUCUGCAGAACAGGUACCAGAACCAGACUGCACACUGGGUUGACGUGGGCCCAUUUAGACCCCAUCACUCUGCUGGACUGCUUUGUGAUCCCAGUCCUUAUGGUUCUGUCCUGGUGGGUUCUGAAGACUCGGUACCGGCCCAUCCACUACAUCUCGGUGUGUAUCUGCCUGCUGGGAGUCGGAGCGAUGGUUGGAGCUGACCUGCUGUCUGGACGGGACCAAGGAUCCAGGCUGCUGUUCGCCUCCUUCGCCCUCUGUAUGUUUGCUCUGUACAGCUUCAUGCCCAUCGUGAUGAAGCUCAGUAGCGCCACCUCUGUCAACCUGUCGCUGCUCACCGCUGACCUGUUCAGCCUCUUCUGUGGCAUCUUCCUCUUCCACUACAGCUUCUCUGGACUCUACCUGGUCUCUCUGGUCGUCAUCCUCAUUGGCUUCAUUGGUUUCAACACCGUGCCGCCACACAACGACCCCUCCGAACACAAUUACCCCAACGACCCCAACGACUCCGCCGACCUCAGCAGCUCUUCAUCCUCCUCGGAUCCUGACCGUCCCCAGCAGCAGGUCGUGAUGAUGGAGGAGGAGUUUCCAUCACAGGACCAUGUUGGACGCAGCACCAAACUGUGA